CCUGAGUAUUGCUGAAAGUUUAGAAUGUGCUAACGGAAAAAUUCGGCCGUAAAUAUUUUGAUUCGCUGAUUAUAAUCUAUGUAUUCAACCCUAAAAUUUAGAUCACUUGAAGGAAACGUGUGUUUUGAACGAACGUAGAUUAUACCCUAUCGAUUUGAUAUUACAACCCAUUCUAUCUUCAAAAAAUCCUUACGUUGACCAGACUGAAGUAGUACGAGUAAUGUUCAGAAAUGAUGUUUAAUAUUACUUGCGGCUCACCUUUAUGGGAUUUAGAUAAAUUGUGGUACACCAACAAUCCAGAUUUCACGCAAUGCUUCAAAGAUACAGUGCUAAUAUGGAUCCCUUCGAUUUACUUAUGGCUUCUAGCACCGCUGGAGUAUCACUACCUCAGAAAGAGUGCAUCUCCAAAAAUCUCAUUAAAUGCGUACAACUGUUUCAAACUGUCUGGAAUUAUUAUGAUGAUUUUCAUAUCUCUAAUUCAAAUAGUUGGCAACGAAAAUGAGAAUCGACAUAAUUUAAUAGCCAAUCAAAAACCAACAGUACAAUUCCUCUCCUACGUAUUAUUUUUAUCAUUAACAUGGGCGAACAUAAGGAUGGGAAUAAGAUCAUCGGGGAUCUUAUUUGGAUAUUCUGCAUUACUGGUGUUAUGCGGAUUUCCAGAAUUCCGUUCCACUUUGAAUCAUAACCGCGUUCAAUACAUGGAAUACGUUCAUCUGAUCGUUUUGCAAUUCAAUUACCACACUUUACAUUGGAUAACAGCGGUCAUCGUUUUAUUAACGAAUUGUUUCGCCGAUAGAAGACCUGAAAAUGUCAAACGUUCUGAAGAGGAUGUCUGUCCAGAAAAGCAUGCCUCAUUUCUAUCCAAGCUAUAUCUUUGUUGGUUUAAUAAAUACAUUUGGUGGAGUAAUAAAACCCCGGUAACUGGAAAUUUGUGGGACAUGGAUGAGGAAUACACAGCGGCAUACAAUUCGCCAAUGUUUGAAGAAACGUGGACAAAAUGCCAUCAGCCUAAAAAGAGCUAUUACGACAUCGAUGACGAUAUUGAUUCUGAAAAAUCAACGAAAAUUAAACCAAAGGGAGCAACGAAAUCUAUCAUCUCGCCUCUGAUUAAUCUUUACUAUAAGCCAUUUUUGGUUUGUGUGUUUUGGAGAUUUGUUGACACUUUGUUGAAUCUUUCAUUUCCCAUGAUUUUCAGUUGCUUCAUCACAUGUAUUCAACAAAAAGAUCCAGCCUGGAAAGCGUACCUUUUCGUACUACUUUUCAUAUUGAAUAGUCUUACACAAACAGUCAUUAUGGCCAAAUUCUUCUGCGGUAUAACCCAAGUCCAGAUGCGAGUGAAAAGUGCUUUAAUGUCAACCAUUUAUAAAAAAACUUUACGUUUAUCGAGCAGAGCGAGAAGACAAUAUACAUCGGGAGAUCUCGUGAAUUUAAUGUUGAUCGACGUUAACCGAGUAGUGAACAUUAUUUACUACAUGAAUAAUAUAUGGGUUAUCCCCCUACAAAUCGUACUAACGUUUUAUUUCGUCGGGAAAUCUCUGGGUCCGAGUAUAAUACCAGGGUUAAUGGUCGUUUUAGCUUUGAUUCCUAUCAAUUACUUAAUAGCCAAACUGAAAAAGAAAAUGCAACUUCAAGAAAUGUUCCACAGAGAUAAAUGUGUGAAAUUUAUUCAAGAUCUUCUUUCUGGAAUAAAAGUACUGAAAAUGUAUGGUUGGGAACCGAGUUUUGAAGAAGAAGCUUCUCGUUUACGCAGCUGUGAGAUCAAAUUAUUGAAAAUGUACGGAUAUUUACACGGAAUUCUGCAAUUUAUAUGCGCUUGCGUUCCAAUUCUGGUAUCUGCUGUGGUAUUCGCCACUUAUGUGAUUUCCAGCGCAGAUAAUGUGCUCGAUAUUAAAAAAGCCUUUGUCACGAUUUCGUUCUUCAACACUUUACGAAUUCCGUUGGAAACAAUUCCUUCGCUUUUGUCCAACAUUAUGCAGGCCAUAGUAUCGGCGACUCGAUUGAACGAAUUCAUGAAUUUAGAUGAUCUCGAUCCUAACGCCAUCACUCACGAAGAAUUAGGUAAAGCGAUCAUUGUAGAGAGGGGUGAGUUUUCAUGGACCGAAGACGAGGGUUUAUCUACUUUGAGAAACAUCAACUUGAAAAUCAACCCGGGAGAACUGGUUUCAGUUAUCGGUUCUGUAGGUGCUGGGAAAUCAUCGUUAAUUGCUGCUUUAUUAGGAGAAAUACACAAAGUUUCGGGUAACAUCAACAUACAGGGUACAACAGCAUAUGUACCUCAGCAAGCAUGGAUCUUCAAUUCGACCGUUAAAGAAAACAUCACAAUGGGAAGACCUGUCGACGAAACAUUGUAUCAGAAAGCUCUAAGAGCGUGUGCAUUAAGAACCGAUUUGGCAAACAUGGCGUAUGGUGAUAUGACCGAAAUUGGAGAAAAGGGAGUUAAUUUAAGCGGAGGACAAAAACAGAGAAUAAGUUUAGCCAGAGCUGUUUGUUUCGAUGCGGAUAUCUAUUAUUUGGAUGAUCCUUUAAGUGCUGUAGAUUAUAACGUCGCCAAACAUAUUUUCAACAACGUUCUUGGUCCUGAAGGAUUGCUAAAAAAUAAGACUAGAAUCAUCGUGACUCAUAACAUCACAUUUUUAUCCCGAUCUGAUCUCAUCCUAUUGCUCGAAGAUGGUAAAAUAGCCGAAUCCGGUAGUUAUAAAGAGCUUAUCGACAGGAAUGACCGUUUUGCUGACUUUCUACGCACGUGUUCGAAAGAUAAUGAAAUUAAAGAUGACAUUUCCGUGGAAAAAUCUGAGAAAAGGAAUCCAGAAAUCAAAGAACCCAGCAUGGAUCGGGAACUGGGAACUACCAAAAUUGACCCGGAUGGCGAUUCAAGUCGAUCAAAAUUAAUUGAAAAAGAAUACCUCCAAACUGGAACGGUCAAUAAGAAAAUUUAUGCAUUCUAUCUUACCGCUCUCGGGACCUCUUUAGCUUUCACGAUAAUGUUAAUUUUCACAAUUUAUCAAUGUUUCGCAAUGUUAACCAACAUAUGGUUAUCGUUAUGGGCAAGAAAAAAUCAAGAUUGUGAAAUAGAUCAAAAACAUGACAGAUUUUUUUACCUAUCGGUUUACGCAGCAUUAGGUUUAGGAGAAGCUAUUUCCAGUUUAAUUGGCAAUGUAACUUUAUUUGUUGGUAUACUGAAAGCCUCGACAGUUCUUUACAAUAAAUUACUAACCAGCGUUCUGAAAUGGCCGAUGAGAAUAUUCGACUCGACACCAAUUGGCAGAAUCACCAACAGAUUCACAAUCGACAUUUAUUCUUUGGAUUACGAAGUUGGGCCAAAAACAGCUUCGAUUUUAGCUUUAAUUCAACGAUUCAUCGCCAUCUUCAUCGUAAUAAUUUAUACGACACCUGUGUGCGCCUUCAUUAUAGCUCCAGUGCUAAGUGCGAUGUACAUUGUACAGAAAUUCUACGUUAAACUUUCGCUGCAAUUGAAACGAAUUGAUUCCAUCAAUAAAUCACCGAUGAGUUCGCAUUAUUUGGAAACGAUUUCAGGAUUACAAUCUAUCCGAGCUUAUGGACUACAAGACAAAUUCAUCGAACAAUCGUACCAUAAAAUAGAUUUACAUUCGGCCACUCAAUACAUCAUCAUCGUGUGUUCCAGAUGGCUUUGCAUCAGAGUAGAUAUUUUGGGCGGUAUAAUAGUAUUUUUCGCUACAUUUUUUAUGGUGCAACAACGAGACAUUUUACAAACCGGUUUAAUCGCAUUUGCAACGAGUUAUGCAAUUCAAAUAACGAAAGAACUAUCGUGGCUAUUAAUGUACUCGGUGGAUGUGCAAAAUAGCUUAGUUUCAGUAGAACGAGUGAAAGAAUUCAUGGAAUACCCUCAAGAGUCACAAUGCGACAUAGAAAACAUUAUACCAACCGAAUGGCCAGAAAAAGGUGAAAUCGUAUUCCAAGAUUAUAAUUUACAAUAUCGCGAAGGCUUGGACUUGGUACUGAGAGGGUUAAAUUUCACGAUCAAAAGUGGAGAAAAAGUAGGCAUUGUUGGAAGAACUGGAGCUGGAAAAUCAUCGUUAAUUUCUGCCUUAUUUAGAAUAACGGAACCACAUAGUGGAAAAAUCCUGAUAGACGAUAUUGAUAUUUGCACGAUUGGUUUACAUUCGCUACGAUCUCGCUUAACUGUUAUACCACAAGAUCCAGUUCUAUUUAUAAGCACCCUAAGAUUUAAUUUAGAUCCAACCAACGAUCAUUCGGACGAUGAAAUAUGGAAUGCUUUGGAAAAAGCACAUCUGAAACAAUAUGUGUCUUGCUUACCAAACGGAUUAUAUUCAGAUAUUGAAGAAAGUGGUGGAAAUCUAAGUUUUGGUCAAAGACAACUCAUCUGCCUGGCUAGAGCGUUAUUACGAAAAACGAAAAUUUUAAUACUUGACGAAGCAACUGCAUCGGUUGAUUUAGAAACCGAUAAACUAAUUCAGGAGACCAUUUGCACCGAAUUCGCUGACUGUACAGUGAUGACUAUUGCGCAUCGACUGAAUACCAUUCAAAAUUACGACAAAAUUAUGGUUUUAGAUAAAGGAAGUAUAGUAGAAUUCGACAGUCCUGAUAACUUAUUCAAAUCUGAUAAUUCGAUAUUCCAACAAAUGGCAAGCGAUGCUGGACUAAUCUAAUGACUACGAACGUUUACCUACCUUCUUUCCAGCAAAUGGGCAUAAGCGAGUUGGCCAAAAGUGAAAUAUAAAUCCGCUCAAUUUUUUUGUAUUAUCGUCUGUCCUUUUAGAAAUAUUAAUGAUGUUUAAAGAAAUGUAAUUUACUGGGUAAAUUUGCAUCAUGACCAAGUUUUAUCUAAUCUCAAUUCAAAUGAGCGUAUUAUCACUUCAAUUAAUUUACACAAGUACUAUACUUAUGUAAUUGUUUGGUUGGCAUUUUUAUGAUACGCUGUAUGGUAACUAAGUAAUUUAUUCAUUAGUUAUCAAGAAAUAAGCAGAAUCGCAAAAUAAGACGAAAUUUUUGAAUGCAUCAAGAAUUUUCCUGGAAAGCUUCUUUUUUUUCUUAUAUGAAAAUAUUUUAUUGAAAAGCAUACUAGGAUGAUGCUGACUGUAUGUUAAGGGAGUUCUAUUUCAUUCAUUUUUUUUUUUUACUAAAGCUUGGGAAUUAAUACUUGAAGUUAUAUACGAGAAGAAAUUGUUGCAAGAAAAUGUGUGUUUUUUUUUAAAAUAAAAGUUGUCAUGCUUUGAAGA